CCGGAAGUAGAUUCGGCGGAAUUCCUCCUCAGAUUGUUAUCGCAGCAGAAUCCGGCGCGACGAGGAGGAACCAGUGCGAUAGUGUUCGCGGUGUAUUGUAUUUAUUCACAUUCAGCAUUCAACGGGAUCAUAUUUUAUUUUUAUAUUUAAAUUCAUCCGCUGUCGUCGUGUUCAAUAAGCGAACGAAAGGGGAAGGUAAAUAACGGACGGUAGAUGUUGACAGCCACGGACUUCACAUUCAGACAUGGUUCUUUGACAGAAGUGAUGCUUCAUCGCCAGUAUGGAGUCUUUGAUAUUUUAUCUAGUGCUGUUAACUCCCCUUUCUAUCCGUUGUGCGGUGAAACCAGCAUCUGUUGAAGAAGACCCGAGAAAUCAGGAAGAGGUGCAAGAGUUUGAUGCUCUCAGCUCCAUGCUGUCGGACUUUGAUGUUGUGCCUGCAUCAGAUCUGCAGCUUCACUCGGUCAGGAAGAGGGACACGGAUGCCCGAUCGCAUGUGGAGCGCUUGGUCAGCUUCACAGCCCUCCAGAGGCACUUCAAACUGUACUUGACAACCAACACAGACCUUUUCGCUGACAACUUCAAAGCUGUAUUCCUAGACGAGAAUGGAAAAGAGGACCAAUUUGACAUUCAGCUACAAAAUUACUACAAAGGACACGUAGUAGGAGAGGAGCACUCGCGUGUGCAGGCACACAUAGACGGGAAGGAGUUUUCAGCCCACAUUCUUACUGAAGAUGCUGAAUAUAAUGUAGAGCCCUUGUGGCGGUUUACAGAGUCACCUUCUGAUGGCCGUUUGCUGGUGUACCGUUCAGAGGACAUUAAAAACAUCAGUCGACUGUCCUCACCCAAAGUGUGUGGAUAUGUGAACACUGACGCUCAGGAGCUCCUGCCAGAAGAGGCGAGAGCAACGGGACAGAAGGCACAGGAGGAUGAGCCUCACAACAUACAGAGAAGAUCUGCGCAGGACAAGAAGAACACCUGCCCGCUGCUGCUAGUGGCAGAUCAUCGCUUCUACAAGCACAUGGGCCGUGGAGAGGAGAGCACCACCCUCAACUACUUGAUUGAGCUGAUAGACAGAGUGGAUGAUAUAUACAGAAACACAACCUGGGAUGAGGAUUUUAAAGGCUUCGGGGUGCAGAUUCAGCAGAUAAUCAUAAACAAGGAGCCCACAAAAGUUGCCCAUGGAGACAUUCAUUACAACAUGGAUGGCAGCCCAUUAGGAAGAAAGGACGGUGUGUGGGAUGUGAAGAAGCUUCUAGAACAAUUCAGUUAUGACAUCUCAGACAACGCCUCUACAGUUUGCCUCGCCCACCUCUUCACCUAUCAGGACUUUGAUGAUGGCACUCUGGGUCUGGCUUACGUGGCUCCUUCCAAACAGGGAUUGGGAGGACUCUGCCCUAAACCUUACUAUCCAUCACAAACCGUCAGGAAACCCAGCUACCUAAACACAGGCUUGACAAGCACCAUGAAUUAUGGGAAAACUAUUCUAACUAAGGAAGCAGAUCUUGUAACAACGCAUGAGCUCGGGCACAACUUCGGAGCAGAACACGAUCCAGACAACAUACCUGCCUGUGCGCCCAGCGAUGAUCAGGGCGGCAAAUAUGUCAUGUACCCUAUUGCGGUCAGCGGAGAUCACGUCAACAACAAGCGCUUCUCCAGCUGCAGCAAGUUCUCGGUCAGUAGGACGUUAAGGGUCAAGGCUCAUCAGUGCUUUAAGGAGAGGAGCAGCAAGCUGUGCGGGAACUCCCGUGUGGAGGAGGACGAAGACUGUGACCCUGGACUCCUUCAUCUCAACGACGACCCCUGCUGCACAGCUAAGUGCAAGUUCAAGAAGCAGGCAGAAUGCAGUGACAGGAACAGCCCCUGCUGCAAGAACUGUAGGUUUGAAAGUGCAGAUAAGAUCUGUCAGGAGACCAUCACCGCCACCUGCAAGGGCACGUCAAAGUGCUCAGGCAACAGCAGUGAGUGUCCCACCCCUGGAAACCUGGCUGAUAAUACAGAGUGUGUGGACAAGGGCCGAUGCCAGAAGGGCGAGUGCAUGCCUUUCUGUGAGGCCGUGCAUCGUCUUGAGUCCUGUGCCUGUAAUGAGACUGAGAACUCGUGUAAAGUGUGCUGUAGAAGCAGCAGUGGGCUGUGCGCUCCCUUUGACAGUAAUGGGUCGUAUCUUUACCUGCGCAAGGGCAAGCCCUGCACCGUUGGCUUCUGUGACGGUUCUGGUAAAUGCAUGAAGCACGUCCAAGAUGUCAUCGAACGUUUAUGGGACUUUAUAGACAAACUGGACAUCAACACAUUUGGGAAGUUCUUGGCUGAUAACAUAGUUGGAUCAGUGGUGGUCUUCUCUCUCCUCUUCUGGAUUCCCCUAAGCAUAUUGGUGCACUGUGUGGACAAGAAACUGGAUCAACAAUAUGAGGAAAACUCCAAAACCAUGAUGUACCCAAGUCAGAUGGUGGUGGAGGUGUGUAGUAGAGCUCUCAACUCAGAGCGCAGAGAUAAUGAGCGGCCUGGAAUCGGCGCCCAUCCGCAUUGUGAAGGCCCCUCAUCUGCAUUCAGCGGGAGCGCGACCUCAGCCCUCGCUGGGCCCCACGGGCCCCGGCGUCUCACCGGCACAGGAGACGCUCGCCGGCCCAGACCCAGCCAACCUCUCCGCCGCACUCAAAGCGGAUCCGCUGCGAAUGGCCACAAUCGAGGAGGACCCCAGCGGAGACUCCUCUCACCUGGAAGAGGACGGCUUCCGUCAAAGCGGCACAGCUGCCAGGUCCUUCGAGGACCUCACCGGACAGGCAACGCCAUCCCGCGGGGACAAGAAGCGGCUGACGAGACAGGCCCGCAUUGACAGUAAGGAGACGGAGUGCUGAGGGACUCGGGGGGCAAUCGGGCUUCGUUUAAAAGUGUAUGUGAUGUGUAAACUGCUGACGCAUUUCAGUUGGCUCUUAGGAAUUUUGUAGCAUUCCUUUAAUGCACAAUUGUAGUUGUUAAAAAUAGAAUGCUACAGAAACUGGCAAGAGAAAUGUCUCAGCAUUUGGUCAAAAAAAAAUUCAGUAGAGCUUUGGACAGCAUCUUUGGCGGUGAGAUAUGACUCAGCGGUUAUAAGCCGGCAAAAAGACAAAUCUAAAUGUUGUCAAAAUCAAACCUGUAAAUAAAAUUUUCCUUUGUGGAAGCACAAAUAUUCUUUUUGACCCCAGUGACUAUUGUAUGGACACAAAAGGAAUAUCUUUAUGUUCCGCCGGAGAGAGCAAGUAAUGCCGGUUGUGUGAAUGAUGACAGAAGUUUAAUUUUAGUGUAAACCAUUCCUCUUAAUGGUUUUACUCUUUUGGCGUUGUUGUUGUUUUUUUGUGGUAAUUGACAAUCCCAGGUGCUGUCCUUAAAUCUUAAAGGGACAGUUCACCUUCACAAUGAUGCUAUCGUUUCCUCUCCUUCAUGUCGUUUCAAACCCAAAAACCACAAGGGUAUUUUUAAUGAAAUCAGAGAUUUCCAUCCCUCAUUAAAAAUGAAUUCUCCCAAAACUUUCGCUUUUUAAAAUGUUCAUAAAGACUGUAUAUAAAAGAGUCGAGCAUUUCAAUCCAGGUCUUCUGCAGAGGUGCAAUCAUUUUAUAUUUGCUUUUCAUUUACCAUAAAGGACGAGCUCUUCAUACUGCAGUUUGUGUAGAUCAACGUAUGGAUGAUAAUAAAAUCUAGCAUUUAAACCUGUUAUGGGUUUGGAAUGACACGAGGGUGAGGUUUGGUAAACUAUCCCUUUAACUCGUAUUUAAUAUUCUUUUAAUACAGUCAGUAUGUGCCUUGUAGCAUACACUCAGUAGUGCAAAUUGUUUGUAUUUUUAUGUAUGUAUACCUCAUAAAGAACAUGAGCAGCAGGACUACUGCAUGACUUUUAAUGUUACACUGGUCGACUUGCUGAGAACAUUUAAGCUAUGCAUGUCCUACGCCCUACGUUUAUGAAUUAAAUGUCAUACGUGUUAGGAAACUGUAAGACGAGAGUUUUAUUUGACCUGUCCUUAAGGCUUAAAAAUUGCACAUCAUUUUUUUUGCAUUAAGUUUUGUUUGGUUUGAUUUGUACUACUACAUAUAGCAUCUCGUGUCAUUUUAAUAUAGCAGUAUGAAUUUGAGAAACACUGAGGGAUGUGCGCAUUUCGUAGUUUUUCUAUUUUUGCCACUAAAAUGGUUGUACAGGUGUCCAAAACCGGUCGAUAUAGUAUUCCCCCCACUGUGAAAUAUCAGACUUUAACCAUUAGUCCAAUUUUGAGAUUGUAUUCAAUUUUAACGUGCCAUAAUAAGUCAAACGACUGCGUAUAAGUUUUGUAUUGUUUCCUACCUUCCUGUAUAUCAAAUCAGAAGUAAUUAAAAACGCCUCACUUGGAUGUAGAAAGCUGUAUCUGAUCUAAAUCCGCUAUCAUUCAGUGUCUGUGUUUUUGAUGCUCGGUUAUGUCCCAUUUAUUUAACAUGUAUUCUUGGGGUUUGAAGCCACACGAAUAAAAUGUCUCUACACUGA